AUGAGUUCCCCAGAUAAAGUGUUUGUUUGGGGAGCCAGUUUUGGCCAGGAGGGUGGGGAACAGGCCACCAUCCCCUUGGCUGGCCCAGAAACACUGGAACCUGGACUAGGCCUUAAUAUGGCGGCACCUCGAAGCGGCGAGGGUGAGGGCGGGAUUGGAGACUCCGAGGGAGGAGCCUCAGAUGCCAAGGUUGACCUUGCAGGUGCUGAGAGAGGGCUUAUAAGUGCUGAGGGAGGCCUAGCAGGUGCUGAAGGGGCCCUUGAAGGUACUGAGGCCUUUGAUUCUAAUUUUGAACGAGAAGUGAUAAAGGUGGGAGGCAGGGUGAUUUGGAGCAGCGAUGGUCCAUCUGGGUCUGCUACAGACCAGAAGGGGGACACGCUGGACAGCGUGUCCCACUUCACUGAUGAAUCUGUGGCCAUCCUGCAGCAUCUGACUGACCAGGAUGCCCAGAGCGCUCAGAGAUACCCAACAGAAGAAAGUUUUGCUGGUGACAUCAUCAGCAUUUUGGGGGACGUAGAGGCAGGGUCCAGUGAUAGAGGUGCAUUUGCCCAGAGCUGUGCAGAAUCUCAGCAGGCCUCUGUACCCUCACCACACAUCAGUGGGCUCUUGGACACUCGGGCUUGGGUGAACUCAAAAACAGGCCGUAGAAGUAGGUUGAAUGUCAUUGUGAAGACUGAACAACCUUCUGCAGAAUGCCAGGCCGGGCAGCUUUCUGACCUGGAAUCAUCUGAUGACAGUGAGGUACAUAUGUUGAGGGUGAAUCUUUACCCCUUAAAGAGAGGCCAACCUAAGCCCAGCAGCCCCAAGGAAACUGGAAACUUCCCACACCCAAAACAUGCUAGGGACAAUUUCCCUCACUCAGGCCCUGUCCCGGCCUCUACUUCCCGAGGGCUCACUUUGGGCAGGGAUAGGAAGGCCACUGGAGAGUUAGAUAUACCCUCAUCCAAGAAAAUACCAAGUAUGGUCUUGGAAAAGGGAGGGAGCAGGCCCAGCCACCUGGCAGCUCCUGCUGUUGGAGGCCUGCCCUGGGCCACUACAAAGAAGAAGGUGGCCCAAGAAAAGAAAUCCCUGGGGGAUGCCUCAAAAAUUGGGUCAGGGAGAGCUUUUGCCUCAUGGGGACAGAGAUGCUCAGAGACUACCCAGGAAACAGCCAGCUUUCCACCAAUUGCUGGUAUUCCGCUGCAUGGGAAGUCCAAGAAAUACUCCUUCCUCCCUUCGGGACCCAGACACUCCAAGGUCGGAGGCACUGGAAAGAAAUCUAUGGUAAGGAGAAAGAGAGUGUCCCAGCCUGUGAAGGGAGAAGUUAAUGAACCAAAUAGAGAUGCGGUCCCCGGGGUCCAGUUUCCACCACACAGGCCAAGGCCACAUUGCCAAUUAGUGCAUCAUGGACAAUUCACCAGUGAGGACCCCAACACCAGAGGGUCCUAUUUUCUAGAAAAUUCACAGUCCUUGGCUCUGAGCCAGGGUGACAUCAUGCCCAGAGGCCCAGCACCCUCAGGCAACCAGGAGACAUCUGUGUCCCUCCCAGGACUGGAAAUGCAGCAGCAGCCACCUGAAGUCCAGGAUUGCCCGGAGUGUGUCAGCCUUCGGAAGGAACGAGACGACCUGAAGGAGCAGCUAGCCGUCAUGCAGUCCCUCCUUGACAAGUUCCAGGCCCUUUGAGGUUGAUCCCCGCAUUUCCCACAAGACAAGCAGCUGCUACCUUGGGAUCCCACCAGCUGUGGCCAAGCUGCUUCCCUGGUCUCCCGUUCCGCCUGCGUUUGCCCCUCUUC